UCUGAAUGUAAAUGAAUAAUUAUAUUUGUUCAAAAAAAAAGAGAAUAAAUAUGGAAAUGCUAAUACGGUUGAAUUAAAAAAAAAAGUUGAUCCCUUUGUUUCUCUCUCCUUUAUCUGAUUGAUGUGCGAGAGAUUCUGAUUUUAUUCAGCGUAGAGACAAAAAGAAGUCACUCCACACACCAACUCACACACACUGAAGCGAACCUAAACAUUCAUUAAAAAUCGUCCAUCUUUUCGAUAGAUCAUGCCGCCAGGUGCGAAGAAGAGAAAGGCGUUGAAGAAGAAGAAGAAGCAGCAGAAACAACAGGAACCGACUGUAACAAGCACGAACACUAAGGGAUCCACCAAUGGCGAUAAUCACCAUGAGAAAGGACAUGAUGAAAAUGGAAGGCAAGAUGAUAGGGGAAGUGAUGAUAGCAGUUUGAGUUCCCCUGCUUCUCAAGGAAGUGGAGAAUUUGGCGAGGCAAAAGAUCCAUCUGGUUUGGUGAAUGACACUGCUAAAGAGAUAUCAGAUCAUGUUACUCAGGGGCUAGGACCAAAAAAUGGUAUUGAAAGAGGAAAGGAUGACAAGAAAAACUCUGUGGACUUAGCUUCUCAGGAUGCUUGUGGCUAUUCGAUCAAGGAAAUCACUCCUGUUGCCGAACCUGAAAAGACUGAGCAUGCUGAGACCUCAACACACUCAAAUUUAGUCAACAAGAAGUCUGAUGGAACGAAGGAGUAUCCAUCUCCGGAGAAAGAUAAUGGUAAAGUGGCGGCUACUCUUCCUGGGUUCUCUGCUGGAACAAGCAGAAAUGUAGAGAGUUUAAUAAGAUCUGAAGUUCCAGUAUCCUCUGAGGAAAAGUUGGCUGAAUGUCCUGUGACCUAUGCAGCGUCUCUUGUUGACUCGUCCACCAGCCGUCCGAACUUCCUGGUUAAGUUGCUGCGGUUUGUUUGAUGCAGUGACAGGAUCUGACAGAUAAACACAGAGCAGGAGGUAGAUAAAGGUGGGACGCGCAUGACAGCCAAAGCUCAAAGACAACCGAAAAACAUGAUUCACGGUCCGUAAACUUUUCUCUGUACAUUGUCUUUGAUAGAUAAUAAUGUUGGCGGCUUUUAGCAACAUACGAACAAGACCAACAUCCUUAACAGGGUACAUUUGUUCAUUAAAUGGAUUUUAGAUUCAUGACUAAAUCUAACUCAAUCUUUCUUAUCAAUUACCACAA